CUGAUGGGACUUUCAUCCAAUCAGAGGCUGAGGGUGGAUCGCCGCAGGGGGCGGAAGUUGUUGCGCUCACAUGAGAACGAAAAAGAAGCUAACGGUGAGGAUUAAACUGUAACGUUUAUGGUCAUACUCAUCGAUCCCCUCGUCCAAACGGAAUGUAUAGCAUCCGCUGUCAUCACUUCUGUUUUUGUUCCUUAACGCGAUGCGCAGUAAAGGAGGGUAAUGCCGCAGACAGCUGGUAGUUUCUUGGAAAAGGCGAAGAUACGUGCAGAAAAAGAGGUGUGACGACCACAGUUGGCGUCAGGGAGCCCUGCUGCGGGCCAGUCUGCGUGGCCAUUUGUGUAUAUGUGCUUCUGGCUUUGUGUGUUAAUGAGCGAGUGGCAUAGAAGCUGGGGAUUGUAAGGUGAUGCCAAAAUGCUGCUCUCUCUGGGAAUGCUGAUGCUCUCCGCCACGCAGGUUUACACCAUCUUCACCGUGCAGCUUUUCGCCUUCCUUAACCUGCUGCCAGUGGAGGCCGACAUCGUUGCUUACUCAUUUGAUAACAAAACCGAAACCUUCGACGACAUGCCUGCUCGGUUCGGCUACCGGCUCCCCAGCGAUGGACUUAAGGGUUUUCUGAUCGGUGCCCGACCUGAAAAUGCGUGUGAGCCCAUCGAACCGCCUCCCAGGGAAAACUUGACAGGCGCCUUCAUCGUCCUCAUCAAGCGAUACGACUGCAACUUCGACAUGAAGGUCCUCAAUGCACAAAAAGCUGGAUAUAAGGCAGCCAUUGUUCACAAUGUGGACUCUGAUGACUUAAUCAGCAUGGGAUCCAACGAUUUGGAUGUUCUGAAGCAGAUCGUUAUUCCCUCUGUAUUUGUGAGUGAGCUGACCGCCAAUGCUCUCAAAGACGACUACAUGUACGACAAAGGAGGACACCUGGUCCUGAUCCCAGACUUCAGCCUGCCUCUGGAGUACUACCUGAUCCCCUUCCUCAUCAUAGUGGGGAUCUGCCUCAUCCUCAUCGUUGUUUUUAUGAUCACAAAGUUUGUCCAGGAUCGGCGCAGAGCUCGGAGAAGUCGUCUGAGGAAGGAUCAGCUGAAGAAACUUCCCAUCCACAAGUUCAAGAAAGGGGAUAACUAUGAUGUCUGUGCCAUCUGCCUGGAUGAAUAUGAGGAUGGCGAUAAACUCAGAGUCCUGCCAUGCUCUCAUGCCUACCACAGCAAGUGUGUGGACCCCUGGCUGACCAAAACCAAGAAGACGUGUCCUGUGUGCAAGCAGAAGGUGGUCCCCUCUCAGGGCGACUCGGAUUCGGAUUCAGAGGAGGGGGACAGCGGCCCCGACGAGAACGAGGUGUCCGAGAGCACGCCCCUGCUGCGCUCCCAGGCCUCGACCAGCGCCCACUCCUUCGGCACCAUGUCGGGAGCGUCGCGCUCGGAGCAGGACUCCUCCGAGUACGACGACGACGAGCUGGGCAGCAGCGACAGCGAGGAGGAGGUUACCGUGGAGACGGUCGUGGUGCAGAUGCAGCAGCCAUGCUCCGACGAGCACGACUUACCACGAGCUUGACUGGCACCCUCACAUCCGCAGAGACUUUAUGGGAAAACAGAUCCAUCAUCUCUGUUCUUCUGUCACUGCUUACAUUAGGCUCCGGUCCUGUGUAGGAGUUCAGACAUGUUUUAACCUGAGAGGACCCGACUACAGUAGACUGCUACACUGUAUUUGUUCAUGGAAAAGAGCCAUGAAAAGGUCCCUGCUGCCCUCACCAUGCCUGACAGAGCAGCAUAGAUAUUGUCUGUUUAUAUAAAGUAUAAAUCACAAGAAGCUCCAUAUUAACCUUUGAUUAUCUUCAGUCCUACGUGUAUAUAUACAUAGAAGCACAUCGACAUAAACUGAACCACUAUGCAGCACUCACAGCGUUUCAGCUCACAGCAGUACUGUGUUGCCAUUUUAUUUCUAGCCUGAUGUUUGUGGGAGUUUAGUCGGCGACGUCUUUUGUGCCAGUUUUUCUGUUGCCACUGACUGACAUGGAGUGAAGCACAAGUCAGUCAGGACCGACAGACUGAUUUAAGGCGAAAAGAAAAAAAGAAUGUGCUUUCUGUGAUGCAUCACAUUUUGUUUUGCGUUACGAUGUUCUGCACUCCCUGUGGUACAUAUUUUGGCUGCUGCUGCUUUUUUUAAUUAACCUGGUUAUGGACUCAUGCUCAUGUUUUGUAGGAAAAGUGCAGGAUUAUCCUGUUUAAUUCACAAAAUAAUUCCUGUUGCCUUUUUAGUUGUAUUUUUGUCCUGUUUUCUUCCUGCUCAUGUACAUUUGUUCUCAACAAAUCAUGUCAAUAAAUAACCCUGAACUACAAAUGUUCAUUCCAAUUAAUGUUUUACUUACAUUUUCAAAGAUCCAGUUGCCUCCAUCCACCAGUUCCGGUUUUGUUUUCCAGCAUAUUAAUGGAAAGUUGAGUGGAAGGAAAAAUGUACUUAGAACAUUGCAUUUUGAAAGGCAAAACAUUUACUGUGAAAGUGCUUGGUCAUUUCUCAAAGGUGUGAUUAAAGUUAGCCUCUGAUUUUAAUGUGUAAAGGGUCAUUUCACCGCUUUUUAUGCAUCUGAAUUGUGUCACAACAAACCUAAAAUAUUUGUAAAAGCAUCACAUGGGACAUUGUGGGACCUUUAUUCUCUUACCAACUAACUAGAUCUUAAAAGAAAGUGUACAAAAGUAUUUAUUGCAUCUAUGGGUUAUAGUUCAGCAAGUUACUCACUGCAGAACUGUUAAAUUCAAGGUGGGGUGUAUUAAAAAAAAAAGAAAAUGAGGAAUUUUAAGACAAAAAUGAGAAACUCAAGCCAGGGGGAUUUUCAGGCUGCCAGACUUCACAUUAUUACUUUUUAAUUCCAAGUUUGUUGUAUUUACUGUCUAUUUAAUCUUUUAUCUCGCAGUAGAAGCAAGGAACAAGAAUAGACAAAAACAUUGAAUAAAUGUCUCUGCUGAUCAUGUUAUGAGGAACUCUAGUCACUUAGCAUCACUACAUCUCGAGACCACAAACAUUUGUGCUGACGCAAUUCAAAUUGAAACAUCCAUAGCCCUCUUUAGUGGUCAGAUGAUGAGUCAUACGGGCCAACCAUCUGAUUUUAUUUUUCCUAGGCAGAACCAUCUCAUAACGUUGUACUGCGACACUUUGAUCAGGUUCCCCACUUGUUUUCCAACCUCGUUUCUAAAACAAGUCCCAUGUUUAAGUAUUGACUUUGAAUUUUUUUCAUCAGUUAAACCUCGUCACUAAAAGAAACUCAAAAACAGAUCACUUUCCCUGGACUAAAUGCAGAUUCAUUUGAUUGAAGUUUUUAAACUUUGUGCCUUCAUUUUUAUCCUUCCUCCUAAACAUUUAUCCAUUUUCCUCUAAUUUGUGCUGUGGCAUUUUAGGUCAAAUUAAAUCCCAAUUUAAAAGUCUGAUUUUAAAGACUUUUUUAUUUUUUAAGCAGUCUGGAUUUUGUCAAGUAGGUAAUGAAAUUGAGUUAAAUGUUAGUGUAAUCAGGUGUGGCCUCUCAAGUUAAAGUUGAUUCAAAACUCACUCAGACAUGACUGGACUUUUCCCUUCUGUCUGGACAGACGCUUUCAACCCAGAACAAAAGCAAAUCUGACCUUGCUCUAGCAGGGGUGGGCACUCCUGGACCUCGAAGGCCAGUGUCCUGCAACUCUUAGACCUCUCCCUGGUCCAACACACUUGAAUCCAACAGCUGAAUCACCUGUUGAAACUUCUGCAAGUUCCAGUCAGACCCUGGCAAGUAGAGCUGACCUCUGAGUUGUUUAGUCUGAAAGCGGCCAUCAGGAGCUGCUACACAAGUGAAAUGACCAACAAUCUGACUUUACAGUAAGAGGAAAUCAUACACUGGUUAAAUUUUUAAACAAAUACUUUUAAGAUGCAACAUGACCAGUUUAAGAGUUUGACAUUUCUACAGGAAAAUACCAAGUAGUAAAACUUAAUUGCAAUGAGUACUUUGAUUAAAUCUGCGGUUAGAAGUGCAUACACCCAGGUCUGAUUAGAGGUCAGACCACAUUUCCCAUAAAAUGAACAGAAGACAUUUAAAAGAACAGAGUAAACAUUUAUCUGGUUGGAAUAAAUUUAUUUGAUCUGUCUGUAAACAAGGUGAUAAAUCAAUUUAUGGCAUUUCUUGGUUUAUGCAUACAACAUCAGAUGCAUUAAAGACUGUAUCCCAGAUGCAAGAAAAAAAAAAUAAUAAAGUGGUGAGGAAAGGAAAUGAACACAUCAGCUAACAGGACUUGAACAGUGUUUUUGAGUACACAUAUCCCACAAGGCCUAAGACAAUGGAGCUGAAACUACAAAUAAAA